AUAACGGUCUAACUUUUUGUUGCGGUUUCACAACAGCACAGGAAGCAGCAGCAGCAGCAGUGCGGUUCAAUAAUGUUUUCGCAUGCUUGGCAUGUUGUUGAUAUCGCUCCUCCUGAACAUUAAACAUGGCGUCGUCACCGCGCCGAGCCUAACCGUUGACACCAUGGCGUCGCUGUCGUGGCUUCGCGGCGCCGACCUGUCGCGAGUCGACGUCGUGGCGCUGCUCGCGUCGUUGUUGCUCGCGUUGUGUUUGUUUGACGUUCGGCGGAGACGUCGCCGCCUCGCGAACAUCCCGCCGGGUCCGACGCCGUGGCCGCUGGUCGGCAACCUGGGCUUCUCGCUCGUCCCCUCUUCGAUCCGCAGGAGGUUCGGGGGGGAACCCGACGGCGCGGACAAAAGCGCGAUGGUUCUUUUAACGGAGCGAGCCGCGGUUUACGGCAACGUGUACAGCCUGUUUGUGGGCAGUCAGCUGAUGGUGGUGCUCAAUGGCUACGAGGCGGUCAAGGAUGCGCUUUCCAACCAUCCCGAGGUGUUCUCCGACAGACCGGACAUCCCCGCUAUCACCAUCAUGACCAAACGCAAAGGAAUCGUCUUUGCUCCUUACGGGCCAGUGUGGAGAAAGCAGCGCAAGUUCUGCCACACCACCUUGCGGUCCUUUGGUCUGGGGAAAUUGAGCUUGGAGCCCUGCAUCCAGCAGGGCCUGGCUGCCGUCAAAAAGGAGCUGCUGCACCUGAGCCAAAAGUCCGGCGCGAGCGGCGUGGACCCGGCGCCGCUGAUCAGCAACGCCGUGUCAAACGUCAUCUGCUCGCUGAUCCUGGGUCAGCGGUUCCACCACGAGGACCGCGAGUUCCGCACCAUGCUGGACCUGAUGGAUCGAGGGCUGGAGAUCUGCGUGAGCAGCCCCGCGGUCCUCAUCAACGUCUUCCCCCUGCUGUACUACUGGCCUUUCGGGGUGUUCAAGGAGUUGCGUCGGGUGGAAGGAGACAUCACCGCGUUUCUGAAGAGGAUCAUCGCGACGCAUCGGGAGACGCUGGACCCGGACCACCCGAGGGAUCUCGUGGACAUGUACUUGAUGGAGAUGUCGGCCCAGCAGGCUGCCGGGGAGGAGGACAGCAGCUUCACAGAAGAGUAUCUCUUUUAUAUAAUAGGAGAUCUCUUCAUCGCCGGCACGGACACCACAGCUAACUCAGUUUUGUGGGUUCUGCUCUACAUGGUCCUGCACCCUGACGUUCAAGACAAAGUCCAGACAGAGAUCGAUGAAGUGGUGGGAAGACAUCGGCCCCUUUCUUCCACUGACAAGGGAAGUUUGCCUUUUACUGAAGCCACCAUCAUGGAGGUGCAGAGAAUGACUGUUGCGGUUCCUCUGGCUAUUCCUCACAUGGCCUCCGAGACCACAGAGUUCAGAGGCUACACCAUUCCAAAAGGAACAGUGAUCGUGCCAAACCUGUGGUCGGUCCAUAGAGACCCGACAGUGUGGGACGAGCCGGACCGUUUCAACCCAGCACGCUUCUUAAACGAGGAGGGACAGUUGCUGAGGAAAGAGUACUUCAUACCAUUCGGGAUCGGUCGCAGGGUGUGCAUGGGGGAACAGCUGGCGAAGAUGGAGCUGUUCCUGACGGUGACCAGCUUACUGCAGGCCUUCAGGUUCAGACUGCCGGAGGGAGCGCCUCCCCCCUCACUGACCGGACGGUUCGGCCUGACGCUAGCCCCCCGCCCGUACGCCGUGUGUGUGAGCCCUCGGGGGUGAAACACUGCAUGAACAUUACGCUCCAAAGGAUUCUGCCCUAAUCAAACACUUUUUACCAACUGGUAAUGUGGGUAAAGUGGUCAUGGGGAGAGGAUACAGUCUGUGCAUGGCGGGAGAAAGGUAUGUUUCUUUGAUUGAAAUGUAUGUAGCUCAUUUUUCUUAUGCUUCUUACUGCUGCAUAUAGUCUGUUCAUCUUUACAACGUCACCAUCUAAACAGCUUCUAAUCCUCCCAUUUAGGAAGCUGUAACCAGAAGAUAUUUACUUGAUAAUCAAGUAAUAAUUAAGGUGCACAAUCAGUUUUAUGAUACAUAUUUCUGAGAAAUUAGCACACAAUUAUUAGAGUAAGAAAUCCUUUUAAAAUGUAUUUUUCUUACAGAUAUGAUUAGAUUAUUGGCAAUAUGUCAAAAAUAUUUUAUCAUAAUAAUAAUUACCUCAGUAUCCUGAAUAAAAAAAUGUUUCAAGGUU